CGCCUCGCGACGCAUCGUCCACUCACGCUGCCGCGGGGAGGCAGACUGGAGACUGCUGCUGUGCCUUUCCCGUCACGCAGCUCUUUGCAUCCCUACUGCCGCGGGCUCCGAAAACAAAGACUGCUGCAGGCUGCACAAAUGUGCUCAAACGCAUGCGUAGCGGUCACACGAAUCAAAAUAGAUCCGAACGACUGCGAUUUCGGAGCGCCGCUGUCUCUGCACAUCACGUUCGAUGCUCUGCGACCGCUACAAAACGUGCAGUGGUUCUUCUCCUACGCGCGCGACAUCGUCGGCGCGCCUGACGAUGUCGUCGAGCUACACCGGGCGGCACCCGCGGACUACGCCGGCGCCGCGCACGUCGCGUGCUCCGCGAAACUCGUCGGCGACGCGCCCAACUGCGGCGUCUUGCGGUGCGCGCUGCACGAAGGUGGGGGCGCGGAGCUGUACCGGCUCGACCUCGUCUGCCAGGUGACCGCGGACGAGGCGACGGGCGAGCUGCGACGGGUUAUUUACUCGCCGCUCGGUGACUAAUGUGUG